AUGCUUACACUCUCUUCCCACGUCUACUCUCACGCCCCUCAAGAACACAUUCCGCCCGAAAAUCCAUGGAACUUGCCAUACGCCGAGAUUGAGAAACUGGUCCAGUUCAGCGAGGCUUUGAAUCUGCAGGACGAGAUUACUCCUGUCCAGGCUUGGCAAAAUCUCAAGAGCCAUAUAAAGUCAGAAUUUUUGCAUGAUGCUGUCCUGAGGGAACUGAAGAGAGACCUAGCGCGUCUCGUCAUUUGCUAUGGGUUCGGCGCUGUGCUAAACGUGACGCAGUUCUGGGAUUCCGUGAAGAGGGUUGUCGGAAGCCGUAAUUUACGUCAUGGUACCGAGUUACAUCAAUGA